GUCACAAUCGCCAAAUCUUACUUUUUCUUUUCUUUUAAAAUAAUGAAAGCGAAAACUCUUGUUUUGACAGAAAUAUAUAAAAAAGCAAUAAAUAAUGCCUUGGGAACGGCGUUCUGCAGAUCUUACAAAAAAAAUUAUGAUAGUAAAAUCUGAAAAUCCUAUAUUUAUGUUUUUCAUUUCCCUCGUAAACCAUUGAAUAACAGUUGGGUUACUAGGGUUUAUGUUGUUUCAUUUUCCCUUCUAAAAUGGCAACACGCGUCAAAUUUCAUCCCCCAAAAUUAUUUCCGAUUAGCCAUUUUAAAAUUUUUUUUUCAUAGUAUUUUGCAAUCAAACUCAAUCCCAUUUCUUAAUCUCCAGUUUUUGCAUCCGCAAUGCGUCAGAGCGACGGUGUUUCCUUCACCUCCUCUUCAAUCAAAAUCCCUCUCCUCUCUUCCAACCUUUCUCUCUCACAAACCUUAGCCUCUCAGCUUGCCAGAACUCGUCUCUCGGCCUUCGAACUCAUUCACUCGCUCAGGAAUCGCUCUUAUGUAAAAAAUUACCCGACUCGAUCAACCGAGUCAACUCAGUCCGAGUUAGGAAUCCGCUCGCUUAUCAGAAGCUCUCCCCUAUUAUGCUCUGCAUCGCUGUCUCUUACGACUCAGAACCACAACAUUGGUAGAUCGCCUCUGCUGUAUUCCGCCUCGUUGUUGCUGACUCAACCGGGCUCGGCCGAGUCGACUCAGUCCGGGUUGGAGGUGCCGCUGAAGGGACAGUCCGCUGCGGCAGGUGGAUACGACGAGGAGAGGGUCCUGAUAAGCGAGGUUCUGGUGAGGAAUAAAGAGGGAGAGGAGUUGGAGAGGAAAGACCUCGAAAUGGAAGCUCUUACAGCGUUGAAAGCUUGCCAAGCCAACUCGGCAUUGACGGCCCGGGAGGUCCAGGAAGAUGUUGACCGGAUCAUUGAUAGCGGCUACUUCUCCUCGUGUACGCCUGUGGCUGUCGACACGCGGGACGGUAUCAGAUUGGUGUUUCAAACAUUUUCUUUUCAGGAACUUGUUUUCCAUCCUAAUGUAGCUCGAUUGGCUUCUUCAUACUUGUUGGUGGAACCGAAUGGGGAGUUCCAUAGAUUGGUCUGUGAAGGAGCCAAUGUUCUUCCCUCAAAGUUUCUUGAGGAUGCUUUUUGUGAUGGGCAUGGAAAAGUGGUAAAUCUCAAGCGUUUAGAUGAAGUAAUUAAUUCUAUCAAUGGAUGGUACACUGAGCGUGGUCUUUUUGGCUUGGUUUCUGGAGUUGAUAUUUUUUCUGGAGGUAUUAUAAGGUUACAAGUUGCUGAAUCAGAGGUCAGUGAUAUAUCCAUAUGUUUCCUUGAUCGAAAGACUGGUGAACCAACUAAGGGGAAGACAAAGCCUGAAACAAUACUUAGGCAACUCACAACCAAAAAGGGGCAGGUGUAUAGUAUGCUUCAAGGAAAAAGAGAUGUGGAUACUGUGUCAACUAUGGGUCUCAUGACAGACGUCAGUAUCAUUACUCAACCUACUGGAGAUGCUGGUAAGGUUGAUUUGCUAUUGAAUGUUGUUGAACGUCCAAGUGGUCGUUUUUCUGCUGGUGGUGGAAUAUCAAGUGGGAUUACAAGUGACCCUCUAUCAGGAGUUUUUGGAAGCUUUGCAUACUCUGAUAGAAAUUUGUUUGGAAGAAACCAAAAGCUUAAUAUUUCCUUAGAGAGGGGCCAAAUUGACUCUAUAUUCCGCAUUAACUUCACAGACCCAUGGAUUGAAGGAGAUGACAAUCAGACAUCUAGAACAAUAAUUGUCCAGAAUUCAAGAACCCCUGGGACACUUGUACAUGGUAACCAACAUGACAAUAGCAGUCUGAGCAUUGGCCGUGUAACAGCUGGUGUAGAGUUUAGUCGACCAAUCAGGCCAAAGUGGAGUGGAACAGCUGGGCUUAUUUUUCAGCAUGCUGGUGUUCAUGAUGAAAAAGGAAAUCCAACUAUUAAAGACUUCUAUAGCAGCCCACUUACAGCAAGUGGUAAGCCUUAUGACAAUAUGUUACUGGCCAAAUUCGAAAGUGUCUAUACUGGUUCUGGUGACAAAGGUUCCUCCAUGUUUGCAUUUAACAUGGACCAAGGACUUCCUGUCAUGCCUGAGUGGCUGUUCUUCAACAGAGUGAAUGCUCGUGCUAGUAAAGGUGUUGAAAUUGGUCCUGCUCGCCUUCUUUUAAGAUUGUCUGGUGGGCAUGUGUUGGGUAAUUUUUCUCCUCAUGAGGCAUUUGCUAUCGGGGGAACAAACAGUGUGAGAGGUUAUAAAGAAGGUGCUGUAGGCUCUGGUCGAUCUUAUAUGGUUGGCUCUAGUGAAGUUUCUGUCCCAAUGCUGGGGCCUGUGAAAGGAGUUAUUUUUGCUGAUUAUGGACAUGAUCUAUGGUCGGGCCCCAGUGUGCCCGGUAAUCCUGCAGGGGCAAGGUCUAAGCCUGGAAGUGGAUAUGGAUAUGGGUUUGGCAUUCGGGUGAACUCACCUUUAGGGCCUUUGCGUCUUGAAUAUGCUUUUAACGACAGGCGGGCAAAGAGGUUUCACUUUGGGAUUGGCCAUCGAAAAUAAGAGGUUUCACACUUUGGGUUGUACAUUGAAAACCAUGGUGCCUACUGCAUUAUAGGAUUCUUGGAUGCUACUCGCCCUUCAUUAAUUGCCAAAAUAAAUAAAUAAAUAAAAAUCCCUAUAUUUACUGGGGAAUGCACAUGGUCGUCCUGAUAAUUUUCCAUAUGCGUGUCUGAGUCACGUUGGGAUCAUUGACGUAAGUUUGAUCUUUAUCGUGGAAGAUUGAACAAAAAGAUUAAUUGCUUGAAUUGAGGAACCAGCGCAGGGGCCAAAUAUUGAUUAAAAUAGUAGCCUUC